ACAAGGUUCGGCCUUAUCCUGUUAACAUCACAUGCUAUCACAUACAUAAAAAACUUUAAGUUAGAAAAUGUCACUUUUUAAAAAGUACAGUUCAUUAAAAAGGCGGCAGGGAAAGGCAGAGCUGUUGCUAUCUCCUUUCGUGUUCACAAGACAACUCUCACCUAUUUUAGACGGGUGUCGAUACACGAGGUUGUAUAAAACAGGUUUACGCGAGAAUACUUUGUAUGAAAAAUUGUACGAGAUCUUGGGAGACAUCUGUUUCUGCAAUUUGUAAUAUGAUUAACAAGUCUUGGUCAAAGAAAAGUCACUGACAACAUGUGUUGGGUUAGCUUUUUCUGCAAACAAGAGACUGUCCUUGAGAGCGGCUUCACCUAGUUUAUAUUCAAACGACUUUAUCACAGCCAUCUCCAAAGGGCACGAAAGAUCUACCCGUCAGACCAAUCAAAAUACGCGCUGAAAGCAUAAGAAUCACACCACAAUCACAAGGACUUAUCUUUACUGCAAAAGAGGUAUAACGUGUGAAAUAGAAAAACAACACACAAAUAACAGUUCUCUCGACAAAACUCAGUGGAUCUAUUUCCGGGGCCGCAGGUGAAUAAAAGACAAGACUAGAGUUCGGAAGAAAAGGAUUCUUGAAGCUUUGAAGUAGUUCAAACAAGGUUUUGAAACAGUAAGGUGUCAACAUUCGUUGCUCUGUAAAUAAGGAAAACGUGAAUCGCGACAAGUGGAACAAGUUGCCGAAAAAAAACACACACCAAAAACGAUUACAAGAGUAAAGCGAGGUGGAAUCUGACAUCGAACAGAAGCGGAAAUAAAAUCGUCCAAAACACUGCACAAAAAAACUACUGCUGCAAACUGAACAAAAGCUGAAGUUGGAAUGGUUUUAUCAACCAAAAUAACAUUAUUUGGAUAAGUAUAAAAAAAAGCCAGGAGCAACAGCCAAAUGAGUCGUACUUGUAGCAAGCAACAGGACGGUAGGACUUGUAUGUUAUGUCUAUAAAUUAAUCACAAGCAAGGUUAACUAUUGGACGGUGUUUAUUUGACACAGAAAAAAAAACUGAAAAUAAAUCGUGGAAAAGGAACUGGACAAAAAAGUCAAGAAAAAAAUUUGUACAGCGAUUCUACUCCGAGUAUAACGAAGAUAAAAGGAUAGGAGAACGGAAUAAAGUCAUCAGCAAUAAACCACAAUCAAGUUACGAGCGAUAGCUUUGAAAACAGUCAUCCAAAGGUAGCCAAUGGGGAUCCCGAGCGAAGUGAACACGAUAAGACAUGCUAAAUCAACAAAUGUAGGGAUCAUGAAGAAAACGCAAAUAGUAAGAAAGCAAUGGAAAACAAAAUUAGAUUCGACUUGAAAAAGGCGGAAAAGUUCGGAACUAUUAAAGAAGUAGUUCAUAAACGCUACAAACGAAUGAGAAAUCUGUUGAUUAACUAAAUAAGAAAGGAUAAACGUAAAGUUGUGUCGGGAUAUCAAGAAAAGAUACCGGCUAAAAGACUCCAUCUGGUUCGGAUUAAUACACUGACGGAUUCAAAGUUUGUAUCAAGACAUAUCCAUAUCAAGAAGGUCUUGGCCAAGGAAAAGCUGGGCCAAGGAUGUCUGUCGUUGAAGUAAAUUCCACCAACUCAAGCGUUCAGAGCCAUACAUGGGAUAUGUCUUACCCUACAUGGUACUGGGUACUCCGCGGGGUUAUCGCCCUCGUGACUAUCACGGGAAACCUUUUAGUGAUCUACCUCAUCACUACAAGGCGACAUCUGCGCACCCAGCACACCCCGAACUGGACGAUCCUCUCGCUAAGCAUGGCGGACCUGCUUGUCGGACUAUUCAACCUGCCGACCUCGCUAUUGUGCAUGCACUGGACAACGUGUAGCUUUAUCACACAGACGACGGUCUUUGCGGUCAUGGACGCCUUUAUGAUUUGCUCUGUGACAAACUUGUGUCUGCUCACGUGGGAUAGGUACCUAGCGGUGAUGCACCCAUUCUCGUAUGGUGUCAUCAUGACAAAGAAGAACGUGAUUCUGAUGAUCAUGGUGUGUUGGAGUGUAUCGGUGAUCCAAGGAGUACCGUACUAUAUAUCAAAGCUGCUGAAUCACGAGCGUGCGAUGUACGCUAGCAGCGUGGUGUAUGCACUCCUUUUCACGGCUCUUCCAAACCUCUUCACCGUCUACGCCUACUCCAAGAUCAUCCUUGUCGUACGAAGGCACAGGAAGCAGAUACAAGAGCACGAGGUAGCCACGAAUCGGGUCACGGAUAUUGUCCGAGUGACACCAACAAUUUACCGAGAGACAAUCGAGUUGGAAGCGAAUGAGUACGAGAGGCAGUUAUCUGCCAACCACGGCCUCGACUUAAAUCGAUCGAUGACGACAGUUUACCGAAAAUGGACCGAUGUCACACCAAAUGAGCACGAAAACAGCGAUCAAGCCGAAAACAGGCAGAAAUCCUCACAGAACAGUAUGAUAAUCGCAGUAGGAGUCCUUAACCUCAUUUUCUUGGUGUGCAACACUGCUUUUGAAUACUACCUCACGUGCAAGCUCAUCCGAGGUUGUAUCAUUUCUGAUGGCGUAAUUUACGUCACUUUCUUGCUACGCUAUUUCAAUUCGGCUCCGAACUUUUUCGUGUAUGCCUUGGUGCGCCGCUCGUUCCGAAGGGAAAUCAAGAUGCUCGGGGUUCGUUUGUGGAGAGAGAAAUAGCAGUGACUAACUUGAAAGGGGCACUUGUACAAAAGUUAUCAUAAAAUAUACUUCAUCAAGUGUAAUGAAAAUAGGAAGGACGUAAUUUUCCCGGAAAAACAUGAUAUGCAAGAAUCUAGUUGCUUUGAACUUUGUAAUUUUAAGGUAAAGUAAUCGUAAAGCCCGUAGCUAAACCUAAACGUAUUUUUUCAAUUCACUUCCAUCCACUUGAUAUGAGGCGUUCAAGCCAAGAUUGUAGUUAUCUGAUAGAUCAAUGUCAUCUAAUAAAGAUUGAUGGUAAUUUCAAUCAUCCAAAUGAAUGAAAAGACACCUCAGGGAGCAAAUCUGUUAUUAAGGUGUACCUUGACAACCAUUAAUAUAUUAAUAUUGAUAUAAAUUAUAUGGAAGUGAAUAUAAUUAUAAUUAUAGAAACCGUCAAUUUCUAACUUACAUCUAGAAGAUUGUCGUGAUGAUUGUGAGGUGAUUUGUAACUAAGGGGUAUUUCCUAUGCAACAUGUAUUGUCUUGGGCUGCCAGCGAAUCUGAUGUUGUAAAUUACAGUGCUGCGCUCACAAAGCCGUGAAUAAAGUGUUUUUUUCGUUUAA